AUGCUCACCCGGGUGAAAUCAGCUGUGGCCAAUUUUAUGGGCGGUAUGAUGGCUGGCAGUUCGAACAGUGAACCUCUCGGUGGCUCCGAUUUACCGCUGAAAUACCCGUACACAAGACCGGAGUUUCUGGGACUGUCACCGGAUGAAAUCGAGUGCUCGGCGGAUCAUAUUGCUCGGCCGAUACUCAUUCUGAAAGAGACGAAGAGGCUGCCGUGGGCCACUGGUUAUGCAGAGGUGAUCAACGCGGGGAAGAGCCAUCUGAACGAAGACCAGGCGUGCUGUGAGGUGGUGGUGGUGAGGAGUAGACCCAGUGCCGGGGGCAACUCCACCUCCAACAGGCCCCCUACCACCCGGAGGAGGUCCUCUCUGCCCAAUGGAGAGGGGCUGGGGCUCAGGGAAAACACUGACGUGGAGCCCGGACUGACCUUCCACUACUGGGGUCUGUUUGAUGGCCACGCGGGCUCAGGGGCAGCGGUGGUGGCAUCUAAGCUGCUCCAACACCACAUCAUAGAACACCUCCAGGAGGUCCUGGAUGUCCUGAGGAACCCGGCCCAGCUGGCCCCCAUCAUCCAGGGGGAAGAGCCCACCAACUACCACCUCACCCCCACCACCCACCGGGGCAUCACCAGGGCCGCCUCCCUGCGGGGGGCUGCAGGGGCCCCCGGCUCCCCCAGCCACCCCCCGCCCACCAGGUUCUUCACGGAGAAGAAGAUCCAUCACGAGAGCAUGGUGAUGGGAGCCAUUGAGAACGCCUUUAAAGAGAUGGAUGCCCAGAUUGAGAGAGACAAGGCUGUGUUUAACAUCUCAGGAGGCUGUACUGCUCUGUGUGCACUCUUUUUAUUGGGAAAGCUCUAUGUUGGAAAUGCCGGGGACAGCAGAGCGAUCAUUAUCCAAGGUGGAGAGGUCAUCCCCAUGUCUACAGAGUUCACACCAGAGUCAGAGAGGCAACGCCUGCAGUUCCUGGCCUACAUGCAGCCGCACCUGUUAGGAGGCGAGUUUACACAUCUGGAGUUCCCGAGACGUGUACAGAGGAAGGAGGUGGGGAAGAGGAUGCUUUACCGGGACUUCACUAUGUCUGGCUGGGCAUAUAAAACCAUUGAGGACGACGACCUGAAGUUUCCCCUAAUCUACGGCGAAGGGAAGAAGGCCCGUGUGUUGGCUACCAUCGGGGUCACCAGGGGCCUGGGAGACCACGAGCUCAAAGUGCAUGACUCCAACAUCUACAUCAAGCCCUUCCUGUCCUGCUGUCCCGAGGUCAAAGUGUACCCUCUGAUGCAGUAUGAACAUGGGGUGGAUGACGUCCUGGUGAUGGGGACAGAUGGGCUGUGGGACGUCCUAUCCAACCAGGACGUUGCCGAGGCAGUCACUGGUUUUCUUGCCAACUGUGGCCCUGACGACCAGUAUAGGUACACGAUGGCAGCUCAGGACUUGGUGAUGAGGGCACGGGGGGUCCUGAAGGACCGAGGCUGGAGGAUAGCCAACGAACGUCUGGGCUCCGGAGACGACAUCUCUGUCUACAUCAUCCCUCUGAGGUACGGCAACCUGCAGACCUAGCCGUAGCCCAGGCCCAGCUCACCACACCACCACCCACCAUGGGACUCUAGACAGGUCUGUGUCCAAAAUGACACCCUAUUCCCUAUAUAGUGCACUACUUUAGGCCAAGGCCAUGACAAGUAUUGCAUUUUGUAGGGAAUAGGGUGCAAUUGUAGGCUUCUCCCAACCGGCAGACCUAGCUAAGGUCCAGCUCACCACCCACCAUGGGACUCUAGACAGGCUGCCCCCCUCUACCAUCUAUCUAUCUGCUCUGUCCUAAAAUCAAUGCCCUGGUGCUCACACAGUGCUUCAUCCCGAACGGUUUUCCUGAGGAAACAAAAUGGCUGCUGGUUGCUGUACAGUACAGGGUAGCAUGAUUGUUCUUGUCUCUUGUGAAAGGAAGGAAAAUCUCAGGAUGUUCCAAUAUACAGUACCUUCAGUUUCUUCUUGGGUUUCUGUACUGCAAGGGAACAAAGGACAAUUCUGGAUUUAAAGGCCCACCGGGGCCAUGUAUUUCGAGUAAUUCAUAACCAACCCUUUGUUGUUUUUCAGUAGGCUACGGCUUCUGCAUUGCCAAAUAUUUUCUGAUGCAAUGGAAGAGUAUUGCUUUCACAAAGGCAAUACUUUUCUUAUGGAUAUCGCAUGGGGAAAGACAAAGGGACUCUCUUUCAAAGUGCAAUGCUUUAUUGGAUUAUUUUUUAUCCUUUUUAGAUGAGAUAUUGUUACUAUAUUACUGAUUAUGAACAAGUAAAAAUGCUUAGAAAUGAAUGGAUUUUAGAUAUCCAUGAUGUACAGUGUAAAGAACCUGUUUUGAGUUGUCUGUAUAUACUGUACGUUAUGAAACCUCUCCUGUCCCUAUGAUCCAUUGCGUACAUAAGUCACUGACCUAGACUACAAUCCUACCACAGACAAACUAUAGCGUUCAGCUUUCAGAACUAUUGUUUGGGUGUUCCUCCCCAAGUGUAAGGUGAAUGAAGUCAGUCUUAUGGUCGUUUUAUUGCCAGUGACAAUGUUCAUCUCUCAUUGUUUAUUUUUUCUUAAUUUUGACAGGUUUGUUUUUUCUUUGUCAUUGCGAUGACCCUGAAAUUGGAUUUACUUAAAGGAUGUGAAGAAACACAUUUGAUACAUAAUUGUGAAACAGCUAGCUCAUGUUUUUGCUUUGUUUUAAACCAGAUAUCCAAUCCCUUGCCCCAGUUGAACCUUUUAGUUUCCUAUUUGUCUCAUCAUCCUGUUUACGUGCUCGUUUACUUUUCAAAUAUGAAACAGACAUUCCUUAAUUGUCACUAGUUUUCAUACAAAUAUAGCUUAGUUUAGCUCUAACAAAAUAUGAGGGAAAGUGUUCUGUAUAGAGACAUGAAUAGGAUGUAAAAUGGGUUUACUGAAUGUUCUUACAGCUGAAUCCUAAAUUGAGACAUGGUUGUCAUUUUAUCUUAUUGAGACAAAUGCUUGAUUUAUGCUUGAUUUAUGCAAAAGUUCAAGUUACGAGUGUGGAUCUCUCAUAUGAACAUUUAGUUCUUGAAGGCUAGAAUUACAUCCCUUAAGCAGAUGCAUUGAUUAGCAAGUGUUUGGGAGAAACACAUGAGAUUAAAUUGAAUGCUGGUAUGAAAA